AUUUUUCGAAUGAAUUUUGUCGACUUUAAAUGUCGACUGUAAGUGGACUUAAAGUCAACUAUUUUCGGGAAAUUAAAAGUCGCCUUUUUAUGUCCGACUUUUAGUCGACUUAUAUUGUCAAUUUAAUUCCCAGACAACACUUGUGUUCAAUUUUCUAAUUUUUAAGACAUUUAAAUAUUAUCAUAUUAAAGAUAAUAAAAGAGAUGUUACGCUCUAUUUAUUUAUUUGAAUUACGCGGUUUUUGCGUAUUCUGUUCCGGUUUUGGUCAUUUCCGAGUUAAAGGUUAUAGUUCUUAUUCACGACAACGCGGCCGUAGAUGGGACGUAAUUCGCUGACGCCGCAUUUUUUAUCAGAUGGAGAAAAAUGCCUCUUAUGGACAAACGCAAAAAUUAUUGCAAGAGGAAUCAAUUUGCCUCGGUCAAUGUUACAAUGCUUAUUGUUCAGUUUGGAUUUUGUUUGCAAAAAUGUAUAAUAAAAUUGUGUACGAUUUAUUAUCAAGUGAAUGCCAGAAAAAUAGGAUAUUCUUAAAAUUUAGAAAAAUAUGAGGAUGGAGGUCACUAGGUGACAAAUUGAAUUUGCUGCAGCAGAAUGUGUGGCAGAGCAUUUAUCAAUGAUUUCAAGACUAUUUAUAUGAAUUUGGCAGCGGAAGCUUAUCAGAUCUUGUUGGCGGAGCAAUACAAUUUAAAAGUCCCGCAACUGUGUUAAACGCAAACAGUUUGAUGUCUCAUUGUAUAAUUAUAUUGUUAAAAUAUGCGGAAAAUCGACUCAGUGCAGUUGGAGUGAGCACAUCUGAGUUGGCGUCAGCCGAUAAACAAAGGAAUUGAAAGUUGGCAUCAGAAUAUACUUGUACCACAGAAUCCGAAGAAGCAGCAACAAUAAAAAUUGGAGGAUCGAGGUCACUAGGCGACAAAUUGAAUUUGCUGCAGCAGAAUGUGACAUAUUAUAUAUUGGAAUUAGCCGCUUCUUAUAACAAGACAAAUGAAACAUUGAUACGAAACGUUCUUUUGUUCGGAUCUUUCGUUGGGAACACGCUACGUUUUCGUCGUUGAAGACAAUAUUUCGAUUACAACAAAGAAAAAUGCCGAAACAUUUUCGGGAAUUGUCUUCGCGACAAAAAAAUCGGCGCCUUCAACAAUAUGAAAGGCAAUAUGAGCGUCAGCCAAUUGUACAUCAUGUCGAUAGACCUACGAAUGGCGUUUUACGUACUGCUAUAUGAUGUGUAUUGCAUAACAGUACCAACGAUAUGGAUAGACUUCGAGCGAUCAAUAUUUAAAAUGCCAAAAAAAAGUAAACAGCUUACUCAAGCCUGCAUAAAACAGAUGCCGCCGUGUGAUGAUUGGGACGAAUUAACAUUUCAUAAGAGCUUUGGUCCUUAUGAAACGUACCAAAAUGCACGAUCGGUCGAAAAAGUAGUGGGAGAAAUGUCAGCGUCAGAUGAUAAUAUUAAUAAUAUUAAUAUACAGGCAUAUGAUAAGUGUAAUGCUUCAAAGAAGAGGCUUAUAAAGAAGAGAAAAUUGUAUGGCGACACAAGCAACGAAGAUGAACCAAAAAAGAUGCGUCUUAAAUUGCCCUCGAAUUAUAUUCCACAAGUAGGAAGUGGAUAUGUUUCUGACUUGCAGCCUAAGAUUAAUAAAGCGAUCACUAAACCAGGUUCAUGCGAAUCCAGUGACUUAAAUCAGGCCGAUGAUACUCCAAAUUCUGAUAAUACUUUUGAUUCUAAUUCACUGCUGGAAGAAAUACAAUACAGUAACACAGAAACGCAGAAAAGCAAUAACCAAACUGUGGUCCUAAAAAUACCGAAAACAGUAAAAACCAAUUGUGUGGGACAGGAAAAAGCUUCAACAGCUCAGCCAAAAAUAAUGUCAGCUGACAAUACAGAAGAAUUUGGGAACGAAAUUUGGGACGAAAAUUUGGGAAACCAAUCUAAUGAUUUAGAGCACACAUGUUGUGGAAUAUGCCGGCGUGGUAUUAAUGCAAAAUUAGCUAUACUGGAGCGUAAACUUAAUCGAAUUAUUCAUCUUUAUGAAAAUAAACAAGAAGUACAAAAUGAAAGAGAAGUGCAGGGGUCGAUUUCUCUCUCUUACCAAAUUUGCCCCUCACUACGGUGGAGAGAAUUGAAGCGUUUAAUAAUCAACUGGAUAGAGCUGAUGUUCGGCGACAAUUUGUAA